AUGCGCACCCAACUCCUCUUCCCGCUCGUCCUCCUCCUCCUCACACUCACAACCGCAACCCUAACCACCCUCACCACCCCUCCAUCUGCGUCUCCAUCUCCAACCCUCGAGCUCACAAACCUCACAACCAACGACACAAACACCGAAGUCUCAAAACACAACUGCUGGGGCGUAAACUGCUGCAACUACUACGCCUGCGGCCAAAACGGCUGUAUCUGCAGCGACGGCACCAAGGUCAGGGUCUUGUUCGGGGACUUGGGAAGCGCUGUUCUCGUUGGUGGACUGUUGGGGAUUGUUGGGGCUGGUAUGGUUGCUAGGGGAUAG